AUGAGAGGACCCAAGUACAUGAUUCUGCACCUCAUAAUCCAAGGUAAAAUAGUUGGUAAGCGCUCGGUGGGACGCAGGAGAAUGUCUUGGUUGAGAAACCUGAGGGAAGCGUUCAAUUGCACAACCAAUGACCUAUUUAGAGCGGCUGUGAACAAGGUAAAAAUCGCUAUGAUGAUUGCCAACCUCCGAAAUGGAGAUGGCAUUGGCAUCAACAUUGGCGCAGGCAUUGGCAUCGGCACAGGCAUCAGCAUAGACAUCAACGUAGAUAUUGGCAUUGGCAUCGGCACAGGCAUCAGCAUAGACAUCAACGUAGAUAUUGGCAUUGAUAUUGGUGUUGGCAUUGGCAUCGACAUUGGCAUAGACAUCAGUGUAGUUAUUGGCAUUGACAUUGGCAUCGACAUUGGCACAGGCAUUGGCGUAGACAUCAGUGUAGAUAUCGGCGUAGUUGUUGGCAAUGGCAUUGGUGUAGGCAUUGGCAUCAACAUUGGCGCAGGCAUUGGCUUCGACAUUGGCGCAGACAUUGGUGUAGACAUCAGUUUCAACCCCACGCUGGCCACCGCAGGAGACGAGAGGACUCUACAGAGGGACCGAGAUCUCGCCACCUUCAGGAGGAUUCCUGCUGUCCUUAUAUCAUCCGAAGGAGAAGACGACACCGACGCCGACGCUGACGACAACCGGAACAUCGCCCACCAACCUCAAUCGACUGAUCUCGAGAAUAACAAUGAUCUCGAUGACCCCGACGAAUUUGACAUGGACGAACUGCUUAGAUUUAACACUAACACAGACAUUCCCUCAGUAGACACCGUCACACUUGACGAUUUUCUUCAACAUGUAGGCAAAUCUGCCGAACAAACUAACAAUUCCGAUCGAGAUAAUAUUGUAAAUAAUGAUAAUGAUGCUAAUGAUAAUGAUGCUAAUGACCUAGAAGUUGAUAAUCGUAACAAUGUUUCUUCUGCUGAUCCUGUUCCUAACACCAGCAAACCCGUAUAG